CUAAAAUCUUUUACCAAUCCUGCAACCCAUUAAUAUCACUUGCCGGAAAACCCCACCGGAAAACAUGAACGAGAACAAAAACAACACCAACGACAAUGGCGGAUUCGUAAGAGCAGAUCAAAUUGAUCUCAAAUCCUUAGACGAACAGCUCGAACGACACCUCAGUCGAGCAUGGACCAUGGAAAAAAACAAGAAAAAACAACCGGAGUUCGAAGACUCUGCCACCGCCGCCGCCGUUACUCCGCCGUCUAAUACCACCAGGAACGAGCGGCAGGAAUGGGAAAUCGACCCCUCUAAGCUCUUGAUCAAAGGUGUUCUUGCACGUGGCACUUUCGGCACCGUACACCGUGGCGUCUACGACGGCAUCGACGUCGCCGUGAAAUUGCUGGAUUGGGGAGAAGAGGGUCACAGGACAGAAGCAGAAAUACAAUCUUUAAGGGCAGCAUUUACACAAGAAGUGGCUGUUUGGCAUAAGCUUGAUCAUCCUAAUGUCACAAAGUUCAUAGGUGCAACAAUGGGUUCUGCGGAGCUAAAUAUACAAACCGAUAAUGGUCAAAUCAGUAUGCCAAGUAACAUAUGCUGUGUUGUUGUGGAGUAUCUUCCUGGGGGUGCGUUGAAGAAUUAUCUUAUAAAAAACCGAAGAAAAAAGCUGGCUUUCAAAGUGGUCGUUCAAAUGGCACUUGAUCUUGCAAGAGGAUUAAGCUACCUGCACUCUGAAAAGAUUGUUCACCGAGAUGUGAAAACUGAAAAUAUGUUAUUGGACAAAAGUCGAACGGUUAAAAUAGCUGAUUUUGGAGUUGCUCGUGUUGAAGCCUCAAACCCUAAUGACAUGACGGGUGAAACCGGGACUCUUGGUUAUAUGGCUCCUGAGGUUCUUAAUGGUAACGCGUACAAUAGGAAAUGUGAUGUUUAUAGUUUUGGCAUAUGUUUAUGGGAAAUAUAUUGUUGUGAUAUGCCGUAUCCCGACCUUAGUUUCUCAGAAGUUACUUCAGCUGUCGUUCGCCAGAAUCUGAGGCCCGAAAUACCAAGAUGCUGCCCGAGUUCUCUUGCCAAUGUGAUGAAACGAUGUUGGGAUGCGAACCCUGACAAACGGCCUGGAAUGGAAGAAGUUGUGACAAUGUUGGAGGCCAUUGACACAUCCAAAGGUGGCGGAAUGAUCCCGGGUGAUCAACCACAAGGUUGUCUGUGUUUCCGUAAGCAUCGUGGCCCAUAAAACUUCUAGAAUUCGACCCGUUUUUGGUAAGAUAAAUUUAACAAAAUUACUAGAAACUGGGUAUUCCUAAAAUUGGGAAUAUAUAUAUCAGAUGUUGUGCCUUUGAGGAUGUGCUACAUAUUGCUUUCUUUGGAUUAUGUAAAGGUUUUUUUUUUUU